GGGGAGUUUCACGGCAUGACGUGUCAGGGAGGAAGGCCGCCUCUCCUCCGUUGGCUCGUUGCAGGACGGAAGAGGACGGCAGACGGAGGUCUGGGACCAACCGGAGGUUUUGUGACCAUGAGGACGACGCAGAAACGAGUGUGCAUCUUUCUACCAGACGAGCAGAACCUGGACUGUGCCGUCAGGGCGACAGCCAGAGGCCGCGAGGUGCUGAACUUGGUGUUGAGGCAGCUUGGCGUCAGUGACCUCCAAGUCUUUGGUCUGGCUGUCCUCAGAGACAAUGAAUACCUCUUUCUAGAUUUGGAAGGAAAGCUGAGCAAGUAUUUUGGCAAUCUAUGGAACAGAGGAUCCGUGAUGGUCCCAUUCAUCUUAUUUCUGAGAGUGCAGCAUUAUGUCGAGAGUGGCCGGCUGAUAUUGAGCAGCAAGGUGCAGCAGCUCUACGUGGCCGAGCUGAGGAGGAAGGUGCUGCGCUCGGAGAGCCGCCAUCAGGAAGUUCUGUUCUUCCAGCUGGCGGCUUCGGCGCUGCAGGCCGAAGUCGGAGAUGUGGAGCACAGAGCGGAGGAGGAGGAUGACGUGGAGGGAAAAGAGAAAAGACACAGACAAUACUUUCUUCCUGAAGAUUACUUCCCUCCCUGGCUGAUAAAGCGCCGUGGGCGGGACUUCCUGCUGCAGCACGGCCCGGCUUUACACGUUGAGCUGCGAGGUGUGACUCGUAGCCAAGCCGCGCUGCAAUUUAUAAAAGAGGUCAGCAACCUGCAGGAUGGACCGGUCACCUUCUACAGGAUGAAACAGGAGAAAAAAGAGCCGAGGAGGUCAAUCCUUCUGGGUGUGACAUUGAAAGGAGUUCAUAUUUAUCAGGAUUUGGAAGGGAAGCUGUGCUUAUUGUAUGACUUUUCCUGGACCGACAUCGACCGCCUCACUUUCCAGGGCAGUAGGUUUGAAAUCACCGCGGUGGGCUCUCUGUGCCUCCCUAAGCUGGUUUACUACACGCCUUCGGCCUUCCACUCCAAACACGUCAUGAGGCACCUUAGCGACAGUCACCGGCUGCACAUCAGCACCAGAGGAGUAGUCAGCUACGUACAACAGCUGGAUGACAUGCAGGCGAGUCACUCCUACAGAGAGGCCUAUGUUUGUGACACAACGCGUUUAGCACACAGACUGAAGAGCAACAGCCUGACGUCGUCCACGUCCGACCGGAGCGCGGCAGCCGAAAACGCCGCAGCCCGAUCCAAACACGAGGAGGAUGAGGUCACAGUGAAUGUUGAAGCUAAUUUGACUGUGGCAGAGUUUGAGCUUUGUGUGGACGAACCAGUGGAGUCAUUUGUCGACAACCCAGAUGAGUUGGCGUGGCUGGCUGAGCUGUCGGGCGAUGGACCUGUGGGGUUUCCUUCUUCUUAUUGGGCAGCUGUCGCUGUGGAAAUGAAACAGGUUGUGCAGGCGAGAGGUGAUGAAGAGGUUUCUGUGGACUAAUGCACAGCAAUUGGCAAAGUGGAUUCAAGUUUCUGAAAUAUAUAUAUACAUUUCUGGAAACAUUCUUUAUAGAAAAAGGAGAGUAUAUCAAUUAUGUAAAUAAAGAAUUUAAAUAAAUGUUUUUGUUAAAGCAUGAUAA